ACUCUCGUACUUCUCUUUCAGUCUCAGUUCUCAAACCAAAUAAAUAAUCUCGCCGGCGAUUCGAAAUUAGCAUAACCGGAGAAGAAGAUGGGAGAGGUGAAAUACGAGAUAUCACAGAACGCUUACAUAAAGCUAGUACUCCACGCAAUCAAGCACAAGUCAACAUCAGUUAAUGGCGUUUUACUGGGUCGAUCUAAUCAAAACGACGUCGUGGAGAUCGUCGAAUCCGUUCCUCUUUUUCAUAAUCCCCACUUAGGUCUUCUCCCUCCUCUCGAGAUCGCCUUAAUCAUGAUAGAGGACCAUUAUGGAAGUCAAGGACUGGGUAUAGUAGGGUAUUUCCAUGCAAAUGAGAGGUUUGAUGACAGUGAGCUUGGUAAUGUUUCUAAGAAUAUUGGGGAUCACAUUUUUCGCUAUUUCCCUCAAGCUGCUAUUCUCUUGUUAGAUAAUAAGAAGCUGGAAACAUUACCAAAGGGGAAUCAAAGCCCUGUUUUGCAGCUUUAUGCAAGGGAUGCAUCAAAGAACUGGAAGCUAGCUGGAUCAGAUGGAGGUAGCAAGUUGAUUCUGAAGGAGCCAGCAGCAAAUAUUGUCUUGUCGGAUUUUAUUUCUUCCAAAAAAUGGCAGGAUGUUGUGGAUUUUGAUGAUCACCUUGACGACAUUACUAAGGAUUGGCUGAAUCCCGAUCUCUUCAAGUAGUUUUGACCUCCGCAGUGAAUUCCAGAUAUUCUUUCUUGCUGUCGCAUCUAGUUAACGUUGAUAUGAUGCAACAACUUGAUCGGUGACAGAACAAACCUGUAAAGAAUUAAAGUGUCGUGGAUAGACAACAGGUUUCAGGUUUCCUUUAGAUAAGAAAACUUUGCAGAGUGCCUCAACAAAACAUCUAUUUUGUGUUAGAUUUUGAAGUUUUUAAGAUUAGGAACUCAAUGUGUUCUUUGAGGAAAUAUAUUUAUUGUAGUUUUGCUUUAAAAGUUGGAAUUACAUGCUAUGAAAAAACUUUUUUUUCCAGCAAA